AUGAGGAUCACAGAAAUUGUGAUUGACGGCUUCAAAUCGUACGCUGUGCGUACGGUUAUCUCGGGAUGGGAUGAAUCAUUUAACUCCAUUACUGGUCUAAACGGUAGUGGCAAAUCCAACAUUCUCGAUGCCAUUUGUUUUGUUCUCGGUAUCACCAACAUGUCCACCGUCCGAGCGCAAAACCUCCAAGAUCUCAUCUACAAGCGCGGUCAGGCCGGUGUAACCAAGGCCAGCGUUACUAUUGUCUUUGACAAUCGCGAUACCUCCAAAUCCCCGAUCGGUUUCGAAGAGUACGCACAAAUCUCCGUCACCCGCCAGAUCGUGCUGGGCGGCACCAGCAAAUACUUGAUCAACGGCCACCGUGCGCAGCAACAGACCGUCCAGAACCUGUUCCAGAGUGUCCAGUUGAAUAUCAACAAUCCCAACUUCCUGAUCAUGCAGGGUCGCAUCACCAAGGUGUUGAACAUGAAGGCAGUCGAGAUUCUGUCGAUGAUUGAGGAAGCGGCCGGUACACGAAUGUUCGAGGAUCGACGAGAGAAGGCGAUUAAGACAAUGGCGAAGAAAGAAUUGAAGCUGCGUGAGAUCGAGGAACUUCUGAAGGAAGAGAUUGAGCCCAAGUUGGAGAAGCUCCGGGCGGAGAAGCGUGCAUUCCUUGACUUUCAACAAACACAGAAUGACUUGGAACGUUUGACCCGACUUGUUGUGGCUCAUGACUACCUGCGUGGGGGAGAACGGCUGCGCGUCGCGGGAGAGGAGUGUGAUAACAAAAGGGAAAUGGUUCAGGCAUUGGAAGAGAAUGCAACCAGGCUGAAGGGCGAGAUUGCUCACCUGGAAGAGGACGUUAAGCGGGUCCGGUCCGCCCGUGACAAGGAGCUUCGGAAAGGCGGCAAGUUCCAAGGUCUCGAAAACGAGGUCAAGAGCCACUCACAUGAGCUGGUCCGGUUGACGACCGUUUUUGAUCUGAAGAAUUCCAGUAUGGAGGAAGAAAAGGAAAAGCGCCAGGCGAUGCAAAAGUCUGUCGGUGACCUUGAGAAGGCCCUAAAGGAAAAGCGGAAAAUCUACGAGAAACUGCAGGCCAAGUAUGAUUCCGCUAAAGCUGAACUUGAUGCGCAGAAUGUCGAGGUUGAACAAAAGGAGGAACUGCUUCAAACAUUGCAGACUGGUGUCGCAUCGAAGGAAGGACAGGAGAGUGGUUACCAGGGACAACUACAAGAUGCUCGAAACCGAGCUAGCAAUGCCUCUACAGAGCAAGAACAGGGGAAGCUCAAGAUUGCCCACCUCGAGAAGAGAAUCAAAGAGGAGGAACCGCGUGCAAAGAAGGCCAAAGAGCAAAACCAAGGUCUUCUGAAAGACCUGGAGGGUCUGAAGGCCCAAGCAAAGAAGCUGGAGUCAGAGCUCACUCGUCUGGGAUUUGAGCCCGGUAAAGAAGACCAGAUCUAUCAAGAACAGUCAGAACUGCAGCGCGAUAUCCGAGAUCUCCGCCAACGGGCCGAUGGUCUACGACGAAAGGCGGCAAACAUUGAUUUCAACUACGCCGAUCCCCACCCCAACUUCGAUCGUUCAAAGGUCAAAGGCUUGGUGGCUCAACUCUUCACACUGAACAAGGAUCAGGUUCCGGCUGCAACAGCUCUCGAGAUCUGUGCCGGUGGCCGUCUUUACAACGUUGUGGUUGAUUCCGCGGAGACUGGUACCCAGCUGCUCCAAAAAGGCAAGCUGCGGAAGCGCGUGACCAUCAUUCCAUUGAACAAGAUCUCGGCAUUCAAGGCCUCCGCAGAGAAGAUUGGCGCUGCUCAGAACCUUGCCCCGGGCAAGGUGGAUCUUGCGCUGUCUUUAAUUGGAUAUGACGAGGACGUCCUUGCAGCGAUGAACUAUGUCUUCGGUAACACACUCAUCUGCAAUGACGCCGAUACAGCCAAAAAGGUCACAUUUGAUCCUGCUGUACGGAUGAAGAGUGUCACUCUUGAAGGCGAUGUCUACGACCCUUCCGGUACCCUGUCUGGUGGAAGUGCCCCUAACUCCAGUGGCGUGCUUGUAACCCUACAGAAGCUCAAUGAGAUCACCAAAGAGCUGAGGAGCAAGGAGCGCCAGCUUGCUACCCUGGAAGACAACAUGAACAAAGAACGGAAGAAGCUUGAUGCUGUUCGAUCAAUCAAGCAAGAUCUAGAUCUCAAGACCCACGAGAUCAAACUUACCGAGGAGCAAAUCAACAGCAACUCUUCUUCUUCGAUUAUCCAAGCUGUCGAAGAGAUGAAAGCAAAUAUCGAACAGCUGAAGAACGAUAUCGCAAAUGCCAAGACUCGGCAAGCCGAGGCAUCAAAGGACAUUAAGCGCAUCGAGAAGGAUAUGAGUGAGUUCAGUAACAAUAAGGAUAGCAAGCUUGAAGAACUUCAGACUUCGCUCAAUGCUCUGAAGAAGAGCCUCACCAAGAAUUCCGCUUCCGUAAAGGAGCUCCAGAAGGAACUCCAGUCGUCUCGUCUGGACUCUGAACAAGCUGGAAGUGAUCUUUCAGCGGCGGAAGAGCAGUUGGCCGAAUCAGAAAGCACACUGAAGGCCCAGGCUGAAGAGAUAUAUUCUUUGCAGCGGGAACAGGCACGACUCAAGGAUGCCCAUGAUAUUGCCCAAGCACAUCUUGAGGAUGAGAGAGCCAAGUUGACUGGGUUUGAUGAAGAACUCCGCGACCUUGAUGAGACAAUCAAAAGCAAGUCAUCGCAGAUCACUGAAGAGGGCCUGGAAAUGCAGAAACUGGGACAUCAACUCGAGAAACUCCAGAAAGACCAACAUUCCGCCUCUCAGGCUGUCGCUCAUAUGGAGCAAGAGCAUGAGUGGAUUGCGGAUGAGAAGGAGCAGUUUGGUCGCGCGAAUACACCAUACAACUUCCAGAACCAGAACAUCGCCGAGUGCAAGUCGACACUGCGCAACUUGACCGAGCGUUCCCAGGGCAUGAAGAAGAAGAUCAACCCGAAGGUCAUGAACAUGAUCGACAGCGUUGAGAAAAAGGAGGCUGCUCUCAAGAACAUGAUGCGUACAGUCAUUCGAGACAAGAGCAAGAUCGAGGAAACUAUCCUUAACCUCAAUGAGUACAAGAAGGAGGCGCUCCACAAGACCUGGGUCAAGGUCAAUGGUGACUUUGGACAAAUCUUCAACGAGCUUCUGCCGGGUAGCUUUGCCAAGUUGGACCCGCCUGAGGGCAAGGAUAUCACAGACGGCCUGGAGGUCAAGGUGUCUCUAGGCAAGGUCUGGAAGCAGAGCUUGACAGAAUUGAGUGGUGGUCAAAGGUCUCUUAUCGCCUUGUCCCUGAUCAUGGCCCUCUUGCAAUUCAAGCCUGCUCCCAUGUACAUCCUCGACGAGGUCGACGCCGCGUUGGAUCUAUCGCACACACAAAACAUCGGUCGACUAAUCAAGACUCGUUUCAAAGGGUCCCAGUUCGUGGUGGUCUCCUUGAAAGACGGCAUGUUCCAGAACGCCAACCGUAUUUUCCGCACCCGGUUCAGCGAGGGUACCAGUAUCGUUCAGGCACUGACCCCCGCCGAUAUGAAAUAG